GAUGUUCCGCAGCUAACAUCGAAGGAUAGCUGCAAUCCGAAUCCUUAUAUUCAACCAAAAAUGUCUGAAAAAACCUCCAUAAGCAAAAAUGAGCAUCCACCUUAUGCUCCUUAUUUGAAAUUUGAAGAAGGCGGAAUCCAUGAUCCUCAUGUGCAUGUCAAGAACUCUGAAAAAACCUCCAUAAGCAAAAAUGAGCAUCCAUCUAAUGGUCCUUAUUUGAAAUUUGAAGAUGGCGGAAUCCAUGAUCCUCAUGUGCAUGUCAAGAACUCUGAAAAAACCUCCAUAAGCAACGAUGAGCAUCCAUCUAAUGGUCCUUAUUUGAAAUUUAAAGAUUGCGGAAUCCAUGAUCCUCAUGUGCAUGUAAAAAAUUCUGAAAAAACCUCCAUAAGCAACGGUGAUCAUCCAUCUAAUGGUCCUUAUUUGAAAUUUGAAGAUGGCGGAAUCCAUGAUCCUCAUGUGCAUGUAAAAAAUUCUGAAAAAACCUCCAUAAGCAACGAUGAGCAUCCAUCUAAUGGUCCUUAUUUGGAAUUUGAAGAUGGCGGAAUCCAUUAUCCUCAUGUGCAUGUAAAGAAUUAUGAACUCAUCAUAUAA